GUGAACUCGCUCCAACGCAAGCCACAAUUCGGCAGGGGCAUCGCGGCACCAGCUCUGCUGAACGGAUUCGAUGUCAGACGAGGCCCGCCCGGUGGAGCCCACCGCUUCCCUUCCACCCCCGUCUAUCGUGAUAUUGCAAAACCCAUCCCCAUGCAGCGAUGCCAUGAAGUCCCCUCGGGCUGUCGCGUAUCCAGUCGCCUCCAUCGAUCGAUACGGCUUCCUCCUUACAGACAAGCGAUUCUCUCCACGAGCGAACGAUCGAGACAAGCCGAAUGGCCAUAGCACUGACACAGACACAGUCUGGCUUGAAAACCGAAGAACUCAAAAGUGGAUUGCCAUGACGGGUGGCGUCGAAAUUGAAGACUGGGAACGUACUAAGCAAAAGCAGGCAGCAAAGCUCAAGUUACGAGUUCGAAAGGGCAUCCCAGAUGCAAUUCGAGGCAUCGCGUGGCCGCAUUUGGCGGGCUCCAGCUUGAUGAUGAAAAAUAAUCCGUGCCUGUACCGCGACUUACUGGCGACCCCCCGCGCCCCGUGCGAAGACACGAUCUCACGCGACAUCGGCCGCACGUUUCCCAAACACCACUUAUUCAAAGAUUCGACAUCACUAGGUCAAGGCGCUCUUAUGAACGUCCUCCGCGCAUACUCUGUGUACGACCCCAAUGUCGGCUAUUGCCAAGGCAUGGGCUUUAUUUCAGCGCUCUUCCUCAGCUACAUGCCCGAAGAACAGACGUUCUGGCACGUCGUGGCGUGCCUGAACCAGAAGAAAUACGGGAUGGCAGACAUAUAUCGUCCUGGCAUGCCCCGCGUCAUGGAGAUCAUGUGGAUCUUUGAACAGUCCAUGAAGUUGUAUGUGCCCAAGCUGACGGACCACUUGGCCGCCGAGGGAUUGCACCCUACCAUGUAUGCGACGCAGUGGUUUGUCACUUUGUACUCGUACUCGUUCCCGUUCGAAUUCGUCACUCGGGUGUGGGACAUCUACCUCCACGAGGGUUGGAAGAUCGUGUAUCGCGUCGCCGUCGCGCUGCUGAAAGUGUCCGAGAAAGUGCUGCUGGGCGCCAAGUUUGAGAAAAUCAUGGAGUUUUUCCGAGACUUACCCACAUCGGUGGACACGACGGAAGUGCUCGCGGCUGCAUUGGAGAUUCCCAUGACGACUCGCCAAUUGCAUGUUUGGCGAGAAGAGUACCAGUCUUCCCAGACACCCCAAUGACUGAGAACGAAUUAACGCACUCAAAACACAUCAUCCACGACAAACCAGUUACUUGGCAAAUCGAGCCUUAAGUCGUGGGAGACCUACAAGGCCGCCGACAGCAACCACAAUGAGCUGGACAGUCGUGGCCGUGUCGAUAAUGUCGCCCUUGGAUUGCAACGCACUGAGAAUCAACCCGGCCUUGCAGCUGAGAAAAUUGUACGGUGUCAGGCCGAUUGCGACGGACAUGGCAAACUGCAACAAUGGGAUGUUGACGUGGGGCGACGACAUAUUCAUAAACCAGUUGGGGGAAAAGGGGAAGAUGCGCAAAAAGAUCAUGUACAAAGUCAAGUCGUCGCGGUGCGCGUCGAUCAUACCGCGCAUUUGCUGAAGCCGCGUGGACAAGUACUUUUGCACGAGCUUCCCGCCAAACCGAGACGACAAGCCAUACAUGAAGCACGACCCCAAUGUGUUGUAAAAGAGGCACAAGGGGAACCCCGCGAGGAGACCAAAAAGAGCCCCACCAAGGAGGUUCACAAAUACGGUGCCAGGGAUCGCCCAUGAUUGAAGGAACAGGUACAGCAGUCCAUGCGCCACGAGAACACGGCCAGGGGAAUGAGCCGUGAUAUCGCGAAGUUCCUGGCCUAGCUCCUUUGCCACAUGCAGGGAUGUGGGAAAGCGAAUCUUGGCAGCGUCUUCAGGGUCGAGGUCGUGCAGGAUGAGGUAGUAGAUGGCCGUAGCCACAGAAACGAGGGACAUGACGAAGAUCACGACGAGGGACACGACAUCGGGCGCAACUACGAUGGCUUUCUUGCCAUUGUCCUUGCAUUCAUCGUUACGAGCCGAGGGCUCGUUCGCCGCGGGGACCCGUUGGCGCAUGUGGCUGCUGUAUCUGCCUCACAAG